AUGCACGGUAACGGCAGUAAUACGACGGAAUAUUCCAGCAAUCAAUCGACUAAAGUUGAAAAUCCCAAAGAAGAAUGCUUUACAAUCAAGAUAUCAGGAGCAGAAAUAAAGGAUGAACAGAAAAAAACUGCAUCUGGAAUCAUAGCAGAAAACAAUGGGAAAGCAGAUGAAGUUGUGAAAAGCUCCGUGAAAGAUGUAGGAGAGCACUCUGCCAGCUUAUCAGAACCAGGAACCAGUAAGAUGAUAACGCUUGAAGAACUCAUUCGAAGAACUGAGAUUCGCAGAGCAGCUGGCCAAACAAAGUGGUGA